CUUGCAAGCGACGGAGACGACCAUAACACGUGGUUUUGUUGCCUGAGCCUGAGGUUUUGGUUAUUUUCAGUCGAUCGCUUGCUGCGGAAUUUUGACUUCGAAAUUUUUGCAAAUACUUAGUCCUUUGAACAACUUGUCAACAUGGUGAACCGAAAGAAGAAGUAUGAGGCAGGAACUGCUCAACGAUAUAUUACGAGGAAGUCUGCAAUGAAAAAGCUUCAACUGACUUUGAAGGACUUCAGGAAAAUGUGCAUUUUGAAGGGCAUUUACCCUAGAGAGCCAUCUAACAGGAGGAAGGCACAAAAGGGAAAGACGGGCGUCAAAACCCUCUACCAUGCCAAAGACAUCAAAUUCCUCAGCCACGAACCCAUGAUUUGGAAACUCAGGGAAUACAAGAUAUUUGCACGCAGAAUGGGAAGAGCAAGAGCUAUCAGAGAUUUUGAAAAAGUUCAUCAGUACAUAGAUAGCCACCCCACACUGACGCUUGACCACAUCGUGAGAGAAAGAUAUCCAACUUUUGUGGACGCGGUGCGUGACAUGGACGACUGCUUGACUCUUUGCUUCAUGUUCAGCACAUUCCCUAGCAUUAAGCACGUGAGACGAGACUUUUCUGCACUUUGCCGUAGACUCACAGUGGAAUUCAUGCACUACGUAAUGGCUGCAAGGGCUCUUCGCAAGGUAUUUAUCUCCAUCAAGGGUUACUACUUCCAAGCAGACAUCAGCGGCCAGACUGUCACUUGGAUCAUCCCUCACGUCUUCCCGUACAAGCCCGAGUCCAAGGAUGAUGUGGAUUUUAGAAUCAUGUCAACUUUUGUAGAGUUCUACACAGUGAUGUUGGGCUUUAUCAACUUCAAGCUGUACCAUUCUUUGAAUCUGUACUACCCUCCUAAAUUCCCAGUUUCAUCUAAGGAUGCUGAGAACAAAUUGCUUGUCGAUCAGGACGUGUUCGUGUCUGAAAGAAUCGCUGCGUUGAACUCCAAUUUGCUCAACUCGGAUGGUUCUGCUAACGAGUAUGUUGAAGAGGAGUUUGACAUGGAUGACAUCCACUUGACUGACGACCCAGAGAAAAUUGCUGAAGCCCGUGAAGAGCGUGACAAGGUCAAGAACCUAAAAACCCUCUUCAAGGGUCUGAAGGUGUUUGUUGGAAGAGAAGUGCCAAGAGAGCCAGUCGUUUUUGUGCUCCGCUGCUUUGGUGCUGAGGUUUCUUGGGAUCCUCUGCUAUUUGUUGGAUCCACUUUUGAUGAGCAUGACACCAAAAUCACUCAUCAGAUCGUGGACAGACCUUCAUUGGACAGGACUUACCUUUCCAGGUACUAUGUCCAGCCACAGUGGAUAUUUGAUAGCGUCAAUGCGAGGAAAUUACUCCCUGAGGUUGACUAUCUCAUGGGCAAAACUUUGCCACCUCACUUGUCACCAUUCACAAUUGUCAGAGAUGGACAAUAUCAACCUCCAGAAGAACAGGCUCUGAGGGAAGGCGUGCCCUUUAAACCACAAGUUCUUGAAGAAGAAAAGUCGGAGGAUGAAGAAGAGUCUGAAAAUGAUGAGGAGGCUGGAGAUGAUGAUGACAAGGAAGAAGAUGUCAAUAGUGAUGAUGAUGAUGAUGAUGAUGACGACGAUGACGACGAUGAUGAUGAAGAAGAAGAAAACGAAGAUUCUGACGAAGACGAAGAUGAAGAGGCGAAAGCAAUUUCCUCAAAAGAGCUUAAGGUCAAGCAAAUGGCUGUCAAAGCUGGGGAACUGGCAAAGGAGAAUCCUCGACAGCAACAAAUUGAUGAAGCCGCACAGCUUCGACUGAGGGAGAGAAUGAUCGCCCGAAAGCACAGAAAAUUGUAUAAGAGCAUGAUGAAAGGACGCAGGUCAAGACAGCAUGAGAUCAACCUGCUCACGAAAAAGCGGAAGGCCAUUGACGAAGAGACAAAGGCAGCCAAGAAGAAGACAAAGAAGAAGAAACAACCUGCAGAUAAGUGAAUCUUCUUGUAAUAAACAUAUUCCUUGAAUUUUUCA